AGCUACUUCAGAACAAAGGUUGAGGUACACUUCAGGGACUACUACCCUCAUUAUGAUUCCAGUCAGCAGUGUCCUGAUAUUAGUACACAGGGCGCCUCCCUGGUGUGUGAGGGCAUGAGAGGUGGCACUCGUCAGACAGCAGAGCCCCCCCAGCAUUACACUGUAUCCCAGCGUGUGCUCUGCCUGCUGACCCCAGCUCCCUGCUCCAGGCUGGAAUGUGAGGGAGAGGGGAGGAGGCCGGGGCCGCUCCACCCACACGGGCUUUCCCUCACACUAGACGAGAGAACAGGGAAUGAAAAGGGCCUCACACAUCAGCCCGGAGACCGCUGCCCGUCAGCAUCCCAUAGGAGACAGAGGAGCAUGGCAUCGGGUGAGGUGAAUCAGCAUCCUGGCAGCGGGCACAGCACAUCUCUGCACCUCGCACACUGCAUUGACUGAAUGGGGAGAGCUGCUGCCCGGCCAUCUGCGACCAGGACUUGUGAACAAUUCUAACGGCAGUCUGGGCAUCUGUGCCCAUCAUGCUCUGAUCUCAGCAGGCUACACCCGGGGGGCACACGCCAUGGGGGGCUGCUGACAAGCCGGGCUCUAGUGUAGCUUCCAUGUGCCAAAUGCGCAGCUGCAGUAGCCACACACUCUGAGCAGACUGAUAGCGAUUUCCCCGGAGACAUGGAUGGAGAUGCUGAGGUGGACAGGCUGGAGGAGGACCAGGGCAGGGAGCAGAUGGGCACUGUGGGCAUGGUGGAACAGAUGAACCUCUCCUCUCCAUCCCACUCACCAUCAGAGGAGGAGAGUGCCCCAGAGCUGCUGCUCAGGCAACAAGGGGUUAAAAGGCAUCACCACAAACAUAACCUGAAGCACAGGUACGAGCUCCUGGAGACCCUGGGCAAGGGCACCUAUGGCAAGGUCAAGAGGGCAAUCGAGAGGUUCUCCGGCAGGGUGGUUGCCAUAAAAUCUAUCCGCAAGGACAAAAUAAGAGAUGAGCAAGAUAUGGUUCACAUCAGACGAGAGAUUGAAAUAAUGUCAUCACUCAGCCAUCCGCAUAUCAUAAGCAUAUAUGAAGUGUUUGAGAAUAAAGAUAAGAUAGUGAUCAUCAUGGAAUAUGCCAGCAAAGGUGAAUUAUACGAUUACAUCAGCGAGAGGAGACGGCUGAGUGAAAGGGAAACAAGACAUUUCUUUCGUCAGAUUGUUUCUGCUGUGCACUACUGCCAUAAGAAUGGUGUUGUGCACAGGGAUCUCAAGCUGGAAAACAUACUUCUGGAUGAAAAUGGUAACAUAAAGAUUGCUGAUUUUGGUCUGUCAAACCUCUAUCAAAAAGACAAGUUUUUGCAGACAUUUUGUGGCAGUCCUCUUUAUGCAUCCCCAGAAAUUGUAAAUGGAAAGCCCUAUCGAGGUCCUGAGGUUGACAGUUGGGCACUUGGUGUACUUCUCUAUACUCUGGUCUAUGGCACCAUGCCAUUUGAUGGGUUUGACCAUAAAAACCUAAUUCGCCAAAUAAGUAGUGGAGAAUAUAGAGAGCCAACCCAGCCAUCAGAUGCCCGUGGACUGAUCAGAUGGAUGCUAAUGGUUAAUCCUGAACGCCGAGCAACAAUUGAGGAUAUUGCAAACCAUUGGUGGGUUAACUGGAGCUACAAGACGAGUGUGUGUGACUGUGAUGUCUUAAGGGACUCAGAAUCUCCAUUGCUUGCCAGGUUCAUUGACUGGCAUCAUCGCUCCACUAACCGGCAGAUGGAAUCUGAAAACAAAACCAAGUGCCUUUCAAAGCCAUCUGAAGCAUCUCUUGAUCGACAGAGGUCUUUGAAAAAAUCCAAAAAGGACAAUGACAUUGCACAGGCAUUGCAAGAAGAAACAACUAUAUCAAAGAGGCCUAAGAGCAUCUUGAAAAAGAGGAGUAACAGUGAGCACCGCUGCCACAGUGCUGGCUAUAUAGAAGGUGUUAUCAGCCCAGUAUUGUCUCCUACAUGUAACUCUGACACAGACAAAGUUCUUAUGAAUACAAGUGAGCUUGAGAAACCGAUAUUAUAUGGCUCAAAGCAGUCUACACCAAUGCCAAAGAAAGGCAUUUUAAAAAAGACUCAGCAGAGGGAGUCUGGGUACUAUUCUUCACCAGAAAGAAGCGAAUCUUCAGAACUAUUGGACAACGAUGGAACAGAGAGCAAUGAAUCGUCUCCAGUCAGUAAUGAAACAAAGCGAACAGUUUCUCACAGCCUAUCAUACAGGCGGAAAGGAAUCUUAAAGCACAACAGUAAAUAUUCUAAUAGCAACACAGACUCCUCAGUGGCGGGUCCUGCCACAACAUCACUGGAAUCAAUGGAGCAAGGUCUUGCACCUGUGGAAGGUCUAUCUCGAAGCUACAGUCGUCCAUCUAGUAUCAUUAGCCAUGACAUGGUUUUAUCUAAUGACUCUUUUGAAUUGCUUGAAUUAUCAGCUGGAAGACCAAACCGACAAAGAAUACGUAGUUGUGUUUCAGCUGAAAAUAUUCUUUUUAUUAAGGAUUUUGAAGGACUUCCCAAAAGUCCUCGGCCGCAGAACCUGAAACGUUAUCGCAAUCGCUUUGCUGACAGCAGUUUUUCUUUACUUACAGACAUGGAUGACGUAACUCAGGUUUACAAAAAAGCUUUAGAGAUCUGCAACAAGCUCAAAUAGUUACUAAGGGGAUAACUGUUUAUGGCAAGGAAGUUACUUUGCUGACAGUGAUUGUUUAGAAAGUCAGAACAUAACAAUAGGACAACUGUUCUAUUGUUCCUUUACAUUGAAAGUGGGCUGUUACAUUACAAAUAAAAUAUUUGUUUAGCUGGAGAAAAUGGCUCAGCUGUGGGAGAAAUACAUAUAAUGCUUACUUGUGUAGAAGGAUUGAAGUUAAAUAGGCACUGUCAGCUACAAAAACAUUUGAUAUGUUGUAAAGCAUGCAAAACCAAUAGGUUUUGCAAUUGCUUUCAUUAGAAAAUUUUCAGUAUUUCAUACUGAAAAAGCCAGUCAAACAACUACCCCCCCCCUGCCUGCUUGGACACAUACUAGUCCUGCUGUGUCCAUGCAUCAUCACCUAUGUCGUGGACACACUUCCUUGAUUGACAGCUGUGAGCGCAGGGCUAAUAGCUGGAGGAAAAAUCCUCCCACUGUCAGCUUGUGUCCCGCUACUGUCAGUGAGGACAAGCUGGGAGUUGUAGUUUUGCUAAUGCUAGGGGAGAUGUGAGCAGACAGCAUACUGAGGGAGGGGCGGAGACCUGCACAGUGAGGCCACGCCCCCUCCCUUUGAGAGGAAUUCAGACUAGUGAGCUAAAUUAAAAGUGUAAUAAAAUAAAUAAAUAAAGGUGCUAGGCACAUAAAAAUUAGAUGUACAUGUUCAGGAUUAGGUACUGAGUGAUAUAUUUAAAAAAAUGUUUUUUUUUGUUGGAUCUGACGGGUACGCUUUAAGUCAAUAAUCUGUAAAAACCAAAAUGUUAAAGUCGGCCUAAAGGUUAAUUUUCUUUCAGUACCUUUUUGUUGCGUAUGAAUUGAUAGAUAGCAUUAAGGGAUAUUUUAUCAAAUGUAUAAGUAUAUAAUACACUUAAAAAUUUUAGGGAGAAUUCAAUAGCAUCUAAAGUAAAGCCCCUUAAUCAUGUUUUAAACAUUUUAUGAAAUCUAUAUGCUAUUAAUUUAAUUUAACCCCUUAACGUAACUAAUGUACGUCUUGGUGAUCUGGUACUUAACGUACCAGGACGUACAUUUACGUCCUAUACAUAACCGCAAGCAUCGGAGCGAUGCUCGGGUCAUGCACGGCAGGUCCCGGCUGCUGAUAGCAGCCAGGGACCCGCUGGUAAUGGCCGACAUCCGUGAUCGCACGGAUGUCCGCCAUUAACCCCUCAGAUGCCAUGAUCAAUACAGAUCGAGCAGACCAGAGCAGAAGAUCACCGUUAACACUGAUCAGUGCUAUGCUCCCUGCAUAGCACUGAACAGUAUUAGCAAUCAAAUGAUUGCUUUAAAUAGUCCCCUAAGGGGACUAUUAAAGUGUAAAAGUGAAAGUUAAAAAAGAUAUGUGCAAAACCCCUCCCCUAAUAAAAAUGUAAAUUGUCCCAUUUUUCCUAUUUCACCCCCAAAAAGUGUAAAAAAAAAACUCAAUAUACAUAUUUGGUUUCACCGCGUGCGUAAAUAUCCAAACUAUUAAAAUAUAAUGUUAAUGAUACUGUACGGUGAACUGCAUUAACGUUAAAAAAAAAAAUCCAAGAUUAAUGCUUUUUUUUUUUUUAUUCCCAAAAAAAUUGAUAAAAAAUGUAUUAAAAGUUUUAUAUAAGCAAAUAUGGUAUCAAUAAAAAGUACAGAUCACGGCGCAAAAAAUGACCCCUCACACCGCCGCUUAUACGGAAAAAUGAAAAAGGUAUAGGUCUUCAAAUAGAGGGAUUUUAAAUGUAUUAAUUUGGUUAAAAAGUUUGCGAUUUUUUUUAAGCGCAACAGUAAUAGAAAAGUAUGUUAUCAUGGGUAUCAUUUUAAUCAUAUUGACCCAAAGAAUAAAGAACACGUAAUUUUUAACGUAAAUUGUACGGCGUGAAAACGAAACCUUACAAAAUUAGCAAAAUUGCGUAUUUUUCUUUUUAAUUUCCCCACCCAAAUAGUAUUUUUUUGGUUGCGCCAUACAUUUUAUGGUAAAGUGAGUGAUGGAAUUACAAUGGACAAUUGGUCGCGCAAAAAACAAGCCCUAAUAUUAGUUUGUGGAUGUAAAAUAUAAAAUAGUUAUGAUUUUUUGAAGGCGAGGUGGAAAAAAUGAAAACGUAAAAAUAAAAUUGUCCUUAAGGCCCAAAUGGGCUGAGUCCUUAAGGGGUUAAAGAGAUUAUCUCAUAAGGACAGCUUAUUUGUAUGCACUAUAGAAGAGCAAAUAGACAAAAUAGAAGAGGAUCCCCCACUCUGGGCUCCCCUUUACUGAGUCAGUGUACAGAGCUGUUAACAAAGAGCAGCUCAUACUCAGCAUUCAUGUAUUUUACAUGGUUGGCCAAGUAUUUGAGUCCUUCUGGUAUGCAGUACCACAUCUCUCCUGCAUUGGCUACUACAGGAGAGAUGUUUCGCCAGGUGAAGCUUUUACCAGAUAAAACACUGAAUAGGGUCCAUGGUGAUCAGAUGCACGCCAGACCAGCUCCAAUUGAAGUUAAUAUCAUUACUGUCUGUCUGUAUGGGCCAAAUACUUUACUCCUAAUGUUGAUGUUUUUUUUUUAUCAUGCCUAUGCCUAUAGAAUUCAUGGCAUUCUUAAAAAAAAUGUAAAUGUACUGACAGGUGCCCAAGCAUUUUUCGUACGGGUGUUCCCAGCUUUUAUGUUUUCUUUAGGAUUUAAAGCACAUUUUCAAACAUAUGCCAAAUAUAAUUUAAGAAUACUUAGCUGAAAAUGAACGAGGCACUCUUCUUGGUUGAGUUGGAGCUGAGACACACUUCCAGAUGUAUUUUACAUGAAGAACCCAUUACAACCAUUUUUGUUGGCAAAUACUCAGUGAAGCAUACAGUUCAGAUUUCUUUACUCUCACUGUCAGCAAAUAGAAGAUGUAAAAUAUGGAUGGCUUCAGUGUAGGAUAUGUGACUUGGUAUCAGUUGGUUCAUAAUAUGUUGACGGAAGUGGCUCAUGGUAAGUCGAAAAGCUGCAUAUAUGGAAGGUAACGGAAUAUAUUUGCAGAAAUGAGAUUGAAAUAGCAAGUAGAAAAUAUAUGAAAGGUAAUGGAACAUGGAAGAUUUAAGAGAAUUAUGAUGGAUCUAUAAGGUGUCAGUUCUAAGAAAGUCAGAGAGGUAACUUCUACCAUAAAAAUAUUCAGUGGAUCAACUGGAUCUCCUCAAAACAUGCACAUAUUGAGUAUGCGACAGGCCUGGGCAAACUAUAUGUGGAAACCUGUAUUGCACAUACAAAAUAGGAUUAUUUGUGUAGAAUAGACAUAAAGUAUAGUAAGUAAAGGUCUGUAAUCAUAACUGAAAUGUCAGUCUAAAGAUGUGUUCACAUUACAGUCAUGACAACGUUGAUGGAUUUAUUUUGAAACAGACCCUGGCAGAGAACAGCCUUGUGCUAUCCUUGCCUUCGAAAAGGAACAAAAAACCUGUGGAACUGAGACUAGCAGGGAUGUGAACAGAUUCAAUAUCACAUGAAACUUUUCUCUUACAAAAAAGACAACUAGAGUCAAAAAUGUUAAAUAUACCUAUAAAUCUUGCUCAAUAGCUUUAUACAUACAUAGUAAAGCUAUAUUUAUUAACUGACUGGCAAUGUAGUAAAUUAGUAUCUUGGCUCAGUUAAAAGUAGUUUCCCUGCCACCCUAAAAGAAUACAUAUGUUAUAUAUAUUACAGAUAUUCAGGGCUAGAUCAUACAGUGUGAUGUCCGGUGUUAGUGGAAUGCAACUUGAAUGGUACUGCUUUAUUUUCUUACAGUGGUUUGGCAAGUUGUGUUAGCUGUGAAAACAUAGUUAGUGGUAAAUUUUAAAACUGGCAUCCAUUUUUUGUUACAUAGUAACAUGGUUUGGAAGGGUUACGUCCAUCUAGUCAUCCUGCAUUGUUGAUCCAGAGAUAGACAAGUAACCCCAAGCGGUAGAGAAAUAAGUUUUCCUCACCUUAAAGGGGUACUCCACCCCUAGACAUCUUAUCCCUGUUCGCGGGGGUCCCGCCGCUGGGGACCCCCGCAAAAUAGCAUGCGCCACCCACCUGUUUCUGCUC